ACUGUCACAGCUGGAGACAGCCUGUCACCAACAAAGUCCCACUCACCUAUUCCCCUAACUACGUUCUCUCUCCUUCUCCCCUCGUCUCUCAAUCCAUUCGCUCGCUUUCUCUGCGUUGGGGUUUCUGGAUCUGUUUUUUGGAUUCUCCAAUUCUCCUAACGAGGUAGCCAGAUCAAGAUUCGCUGCUCCAUUUCCUUUGUUUAUGACUAAUAAGGGAAGUCAUGAAAUAAGAGGCAAACAUAUAUCGUUUUAGAUGAAAGUUGAGAUUAUGGUCGUUGGGCAGGAUCGCUAGUUGCACAUCCAAAACAUAAACAUUGUUGAAGUUAUUGGUUGAGUCUAACAACCAUUCUGGAUUUGGUUCAUUUACAGAGCAGAUAUGUUGGAAAACUGGAGCAAAUUGCCAUGUGAUUGCUACUGGGGUUGAUGCUGAUUGGUAUAUUUUAAAUAUUAUAUGUGAAACUUCUGUUAUCAUCAUUAAUCCUGGGAAGGAAGCACAUUCAUCCCCUGAGGACCUUUUGUAUCCAUGCUGGCAGAGAGCAUGCGUGGAAUCUGUGCUGCGGGUAAUGCCCCUGACGAGAUUUGUUACCGAUGCUUUCGGUGUGGCAACAAUUGGUCUAGUUGCAGUCUUUAUUUUUCUGGGUUUGCUGUGCAUUGCUUACUUGUUUUACUUCCGCUCUCGUGUUCGUAGUCAAGGUUUUGUACAACUUAGUUAUUUUAGUGGCCCUUGGAUAAUCCGAAUCACAUUCAUUUUGUUUGCAAUCUGGUGGGGUUGUGGUGAGAUUAUUCGGUUAAGUUAUUUAAGACGGGAGGGAAAAGCUUUGAAUGCUCUUGACUUGAAAUGGCAGGAAAACUUCUGCAAAGGCUAUAUUGUCUCAAAUUUAGGGUUUGCAGAACCUUGUCUGUUCCUGACCCUUGUGUUUCUCCUCCGUGCACCAUUGCAGAGAAUGGAGUCUGGAAUUCUAAGCCGAAAAUGGAACGGAAAAACGGUGGCCUAUGUAUUUCUCUACUGCAUCCCAGUUUUCAUUCUUCAGCUUGUCAUUAUUCUAAUUGGACCCAGGUUACAGAAGGAUAACUUACAAAACUUGCCCCGUUAUUUCACUAGUACUUACGUUACUUCAGUGAAUAUCGCCCUGUGCACUUACCCUUUACUCAGCACUAUCCUUCUUGGGCUUUUUGCUACCGUCCUAACUGUCUACUUGUUUUGGUUGGGAAGGCGGAUUUUGCAAUUGGUUAUCAAUAAGGGUUUGCAGAAAAGGGUUUACACAUUAAUAGUCUCAGUUACCAGUUUCCUUCCUCUAAGGGUUCUUUUACUUGGUUUAUCUGUUUUAUCAAAACCAGAAGAUGUUCUGUUUGAAGUUCUUGUGUUCUUAGCGUUUCUUGGCCUUUUAAUUUGUGCUGGGGUCUGUAUUUUUAUGCUUGUAUACUGCCCGGUUGCGGAUUCCUUGGCUCUUGGAAAUAUUCAGGAUUUGGAGGCUCGGAGAAGAUUUAUUGAUGAUCAUAUUGACACCGUUUCUCUUAUUGCAAACCAGUGCCACACUGAUGAAAGCCUUGAAAUUAGCCCCGGGAGAAACUCUGACACCUCAAACAAGCGCAGAUCCAUCUCAUUUCGUACGUAUGGAAGAGAUGGGACUUCCAGUAGCCCCUAUGUGGAACUGAGCCUCUUCUCACCCAGCCAUGAUGCAACUGAAACAGGAUCAGCAUCUCCACCACUUCUGGGCUGGCCUAUGCGGCAUUCGGCACAAGUUGAUGAACCCUAAAAGCAAGCAAGAACUCGUGGUGAAUAUCAAUUUUGUGGAAAAGACAAAAAAAAAAAAAAACUGACUGUAAAGGGUUUAGCUUCAAUAAGGAGUUUUUAUUUCUGGUUUGUUUAUUUUGUUUUAUUUUACAUUCAGAUAUCACAGUUUUUGACUGAUGGGAAUGUAUAAUCCCGCUUUUUCCCUUGCUGUAACAUUUCUAUAAAAGCAUUGUUUUUUAAUUUUUAA